AAGCGACCGCCGUGGACAAAACAACGCCAACGGAUAUAUAUAGCGAACGGAUAUAUAUAUACAUAUAUGGCACAGCUAUAGCCCCUACUACCAGAUAUACCUACACACUUAAUAUAUUUCAAAAUCAGAGGCGCGCGAGGGCGUCACACGUAUUUAUACAGAUAUAUAGGUAUAGACAUAGCCGCCGAUCGACCAGUGAACAAGCUGUGGUUAUUUUUUCGUCUUAUUUUAUUGUGACAAUCGCGACAAGUGUUUAAAAAUAGUUGCCCAGCUAAAACUCCCCCGCCAGCAAGUAAACUAAAGAAAAAAAAACAGCAACAAUAUGGUCGAGACCGUGGUCAAUAUCGAGCGCACCACAACAACAACCACGAGCGGACCGCCCGGUGGGGCGAACCCGACCGCUGGCGGCGAUGGCGGUUUCUGGAACGGCAUCCGCCUCAACAUCGACUAUUUCCGCACCAUUCCGGGCAUUAUCAAAAUUGUCCAAUUCGUGCUGGGCAUUAUCUGCAUGGCUCUGGCGUCUCCUCCCAUAUACUUUGCCACCUCUUUCUUCAUGUUCGUAAUCGUAAUAUCAUUUAUCCACACCAUUCUACUCAUCGCCGCUUACUUUCUGGGCAUUCGGGAGGCCAGCAACGUAGCUGUCAACUGGAUAUUCUCGGAACUUAUCACCACCGCCGUGCUUACUCUACUGUACUUCAUCGGUUUUAUCGUUGAACUGGCCAGAUGGUCGGAUUCUACAGUAAAGGGUGCCGGUUCUUACACUGCCGCCGGAGUCUUUGGCCUCUUCAAUUUCCUUGCCUACGGGGCGGGCACAUACUUCCUGUUCCUUGCCCACAGAUCCGGAGCCACACACUAAGUCCGCAAACACUCAAUGCUGGAUCUAAGCGUAGUUUAAUUUCUAAUUGUUUACAAAUUAAGUGCAACUCGCGUCUAUGUAGUUUCGUCUCUAUUUUUUUUUGACCAACAUAUUUUGGUCUAACAUUGUUUAUUUAUGCGAUGUCAUACAAAAAACGACACAGCACGUGCGGUCAGCUCAAUGGAAAGUAAAGCCUUUCUCGACUUGA